AGCGGUGUUUUCUUGAAACUCUGAUUCUCUGUGUGGUCAGUGCGACCGCGUAGCCUGGCCAGGACAAGUGUUGUUGUCAAUCCUGCAGCAGCACAACAUCGCAAGGAACCACUGCUGCAUGGUGUAGAAAGGCAAAAUGGGGAGCCUGUGGACGUGUAUACGGCGCUUCAUCCACUGGGGCCCACUGACGGCAAUUGGCAUCAUAAAAAUAAUUUCUUUCGUAACACUCUACAUGAAUGCGAUGUGGUGGCCGCCUAAUUUGACAAUCGGUGGUUUGAUCAAUCAAACACUUUUCCUCAUGCUCUCCUCCCUGACGGUCUUCAAUUUCGUGAUGGCUGCCAUUACGGGGCCGGGAUUCGUGCCGCUCGGAUGGAAGCCAAAGGAUCCAAAGGUGCAGGAUCAAUUGCAGUACUGUACUGUGUGUCAGGGCUACAAAGUUCCGCGAUCACAUCACUGUCGACGGUGCGAUAGAUGUUCCAUGAAGAUGGACCAUCACUGUCCGUGGAUAAACAAUUGCGUUGGAUAUGCAAAUCAUGCGUACUUCUGCUGUUUCCUGGGUUUCGCUGUGAUUGGCUGCAUGCACGCCACAAUCCUCCUCGGAGGAUCCCUCUAUCGAGGUCUCAAUCGGCAUUGGUACAUUAUGCACGGACGCGAGCAUCUUGCCACGGUUCACUUGACGCUGUGGACACUUGUGUGGUGCGUCUUUAGCCUGGGUUUGGCCAUUGGGGUGGUCAUUGCGGUGGGGAUGCUUCUUGGGUUCCAGGUGCGUGCCGUUGUACGGAAUCGCACGGGCAUUGAGGAUUGGAUUGUGGAGAAAGCCAAAUACCGGCGUGAGGGUACGGAGGAGACCUUCCGCUUUCCAUACGACUUGGGGGUGCGUCGGAAUAUUGCACAGGUGGCGAGUUGGUCGUGCGAACCCAUUGGGGAUGGGAUUGUGUGGGAAAUUGCCGAGGGGUGCGAUCAGUAUUCACUGACGAGGGAACAAUUGGCACAGAAGGCGGACAAGAGGGCCCGCACGAGGCGCUACAGUAUCGUACGAAGAGCUACGGGUAGUUGGGUGCCACUCUGGUCUCAGGGAAUCUGCGUCUCCGUUCAGCCACCGUGCACGGAUGAGCCACGGAUUGAGCUGAAUGUGGGAGAUGUUGUCAAUGUGACACGAUGGAGAAAGUACUGGCUCUUUGGGGAGAAGGCUAAUUCCACGAGCAAAGAUGGGCAGGAGAAUGGAAAGAAAUCCAUUCGUGGAUGGUUCCCAAGACGCUGUGCCGUGGAAUUGGUGGAGAGCGAAGAUAAUAUCGAGAUGUACAUUAACAAGAAAAGUAAAUAGUCAUGGCGUUUGUGACCACAAAUAGACUUUCAUGUGCGAACUGAACACACUCCACUUUUUCUUUCUCACUUGACAUCAGGGACAUUUUUUCACUCAUUGCCGGAAGUCACACACACAACAUCACCCCACAAACAAAUUAAAAUCGAGAAAAUAAAUGGUGAAACGGAAAUUAUA